ACCCAGCCCCGCAGACGCGGCUCCUUUAGCUGAGAGCGUCCCGGCUUUCCCUUCCGCCGGAAGUAGGGCGACUUUCCUUUUCCGGCUACGGGUCCCCAAGCGGAGCGGGAGGCCGGACCGGGGAGCCGAGCGGCGGCGUCGGCGGCGGGGGCGACGGCGGCGGGGGCGGUAAUGGCGGAGCUGGUGCAGGGGCAGAGCGCUCCUGUGGGGAUGAAGGCCGAGGGCUUCGUGGAUGCCCUGCACCGGGUCCGGCAGAUUGCUGCUAAAAUUGAUUCAAUUCCUCACUUGAAUAAUUCCACACCUCUAGUGGACCCCUCAGUAUAUGGAUAUGGAGUACAAAAACGGCCCUUGGAUGAUGGAGUAGGUAACCAGUUAGGGGCCUUGGUACAUCAAAGGACGGUAAUAACGGAAGAAUUCAAAGUGCCUGACAAAAUGGUUGGAUUUAUUAUCGGCAGGGGAGGUGAGCAGAUUUCACGGAUUCAAGCAGAAUCUGGUUGCAAAAUUCAGAUUGCUUCAGAGAGUUCUGGGAUUCCAGAGAGGCCCUGUGUACUUACCGGAACCCCAGAAAGUAUUGAACAAGCCAAACGGCUCCUGGGACAGAUUGUGGACCGCUGUCGAAAUGGACCUGGCUUUCAUAAUGACAUAGACAGCAACAGCACAAUCCAGGAGAUUCUCAUUCCCGCAUCUAAAGUGGGUCUGGUCAUCGGCAGAGGAGGGGAAACAAUCAAGCAGUUGCAGGAGCGGACAGGGGUGAAGAUGGUCAUGAUCCAGGAUGGCCCAUUGCCCACGGGAGCAGACAAGCCUCUUCGUAUCACUGGAGACGCAUUUAAAGUACAGCAAGCAAGAGAAAUGGUACUAGAGAUUAUCCGAGAAAAAGAGCAAGCUGACUUUCGGGGUGUACGCGGUGAUUUCACCUCUCGGAUGGGAGGAGGCAGUAUAGAGGUAUCUGUGCCAAGGUUUGCUGUGGGGAUUGUAAUAGGAAGAAACGGGGAAAUGAUCAAAAAGAUCCAGAAUGAUGCUGGUGUGAGGAUUCAGUUUAAACCAGACGAUGGGAUUAGUCCAGAAAGAGCUGCCCAGGUCAUGGGCCCUCCGGAUCGGUGUCAGCAUGCAGCGCAUAUCAUCAGCGAGCUGAUUCUUACAGCCCAGGAAAGAGACGGCUUUGGAGGCCUGGCAGCAGCCAGAGGAAGAGGUCGUGGCCGUGGUGACUGGAGUGUGGGAGCCCCUGGUGGCGUCCAGGAGAUAACAUACACAGUGCCAGCCGAUAAGUGUGGCCUCGUCAUAGGCAAAGGGGGUGAGAACAUCAAAAGCAUCAACCAGCAGUCAGGAGCGCACGUGGAGCUUCAGAGGAACCCCCCUCCCAACAGCGACCCCAACCUGCGGAGAUUCACCAUCAGGGGGGUUCCCCAGCAGAUCGAGGUGGCCAGGCAGCUCAUAGAUGAGAAAGUUGGCGGGACCAAUCUCGGAGCACCUGGAGCCUUCGGACAGAGUCCAUUCAGCCAGCCACCUGCCCCACCUCAUCAAAAUACCUUUCCUCCAAGGAGCUCCGGGUGCUUCCCAAACAUGGCUGCCAAGGUGAACGGGAACCCCCACAGCACCCCUGUGAGUGGUCCUCCGGCCUUUCUGACCCAGGGCUGGGGCAGCACCUACCAGGCGUGGCAGCAGCCCACACAGCAGGUCCCAAGCCAGCAGAGCCAGCCGCAGAGCAGCCAGCCCAACUACAGCAAGGCCUGGGAAGACUAUUACAAAAAACAGAGUCACGCCGCCAGCGCUGCUCCUCAGGCCAGCUCCCCACCGGACUACACAAUGGCCUGGGCAGAAUAUUACAGACAGCAGGUCGCUUUCUACGGACAGACGCUAGGGCAGGCGCAGGCCCACAGCCAGGAGCAGUAGGACAGUGUCCUCGUGGCCAACUCUCCCCUCAAAAUCAUUGUCAAAGAAAACCUAUUUGUAACAGAGGUUUUUACAUUUGCAAACCUUUUGAUGAAGAACCGUUGUUUUGUUCUGUGAAACACUAUAUUUAGAUUAACGGAAUUUUUCUAAAAAUCGGGAAAAUUAGUUACUAAAAAUUGCUGAUCAUUUUUGUUUCAUUAUUUUUGUUAUUUCAAAUGUAUAAGCUCUGGGAUUCUUUUUGGAGCAAUACCUACAAAGUCAGGCACCAGAACGUGCCUCAGAGCUGUGACAUUUCAACAUGAUGGUUUUGGUUUUGUUUUGUUUUGUUUCGUGUCCUUUUUAUUUGCAGUUUUUUCUGUUGCAACAGAAAGUGGCUUGGAAGUCUUAGGUGGUAUGUAACAAAUUCUUUUUAAAAAUUUUAAAGCAGUAUUUAAGUAUUCUUAAAUGUGUAAAUUCAUUUAAUGUUUUACUUCUAAUUUCUUGUAUCUUGGCUGUCUGGUUUUAUUGCAUUUUUUUAAAAAACUGAACUAUUAUGUAUUGUAAUGAAUGAUGUGAAUUCUGAAUUGAGACAGAUAAUUGUAUUACUGUCCAACAGGGGUUGGGAGGGGCAUUUUGUAGGGUUUGUAUAAUUUCUAGAGUUCGAAAGGGGUAAUAUAAAAAUGUGUUCAUGUGUUUAGCAUACUUUUUUUCAUGUCUCCAUUACCAGUUGCAAUUGUGUAUCUAAGACCUCCAAGCUUGUUUUUAAAACAAAACAAAAAACCUUUCUCUAUUCUCUCAGAAAUAUAAAUACUGUUAUUUUUAAUAUUAAGAAAUUCAAUAUAACUUUUAACACACACUGUGGAACAUUAAACCGUAUAAAAAUGUAGUUAUAACUAUUUUUAAUUCCAAGGUGUUGUUUGCUUUUUUCUUUUAAAUAUUUUCUUAAUAUUUUGUCAGAUUAACUAGAUGAAUAAAUAAAUCUAGUAUUAACCGCAUUAUGAAUUAAAUAAUUUUGAUUAAAUGAAAGGGAUAAUAUGAUUUCCAGUGUUUACUGUAGUGUAUCUUGUACAGAUAACAUGUAUUUUUAAAGGAAAAAAAAACGGAAUUGAAGCUAUUUUUUCUUGCAUUUCUAAUUGACCUGAGGGACAUUCCGUUUGAAAUGUACUGAAGUUACAGUUUCUGGUUUUUUCUCCUUAUUUUUCUUAUAAUGCUUGAAAUGUCUAACUAUUAAAAAAGACAAUUGGAAAAUAUGCAUGGGGUUUUUAAGAAAACAAAGUGUUCUUUUUAUUUGACUGACAAUUCAUUUUACACUCUAUAUAAUAAAAUCUCCACAAGGCAUCUUGUGGGCAAAGUC